UACACCCGCGACUGUGCUUCUGUCCCCGUCCGGUGAGGUCACGCGGCGAGGGGGUCCGGUGAGGUCGCGCGGCGGGUAGGGUCGGGGGCUAGGCGGCUUCUGUCCCCGUCCAGUGAGGUGGCGCGGCUGGUGGGAGCGGGGCCGCCCCUCGCGUCACACACGUCCCUGCCCGGCGGUGCGGGGUCGGCGUCGUCGCGGCCGCGUCACCUCGACGGCCAUGGCUCGGGCGAGCUCGAGAGUUUCGGGAGAGUGCAAGGUCGAGGGGACGAGGAGAUUCGCAUAUUCUUCGCCGGCGGCGGAGGCAUCCCCCAGUCUAGAUUGACUACGCCACGUGCGCGUUUUGACUCAUGCUUGGAAAAUGUUGACUUAGUCGUCGCCAUGUAGGAUUUACGGCCCGCCCAUGUAAGGAUUUUAUUUUACUACAACACUUAUGAUUUGCAAGUUUUGUAAUUGCAAUUGCAUCUGGUGCUUGUACAUUAAUUUAUCCUUCAUUUAUUUUAGUAUAUUUUAAUUUUUUACACGGCCUUUUUGGCCAUUGCACCAUUUUUGUACUACGGAGUGCAAUCCUGCUUUGCUUCUCCACUGGCUGCUUUGCUUUUCUACUGUAAGCGCUGCCGGCUUUUCUCAUCCCUUCUUGUCGCCAGCUUUUCUGCCACCGGUUUCUGCCGGUCUGAGUAGGUGUAGUAGAGUCUAGUUCAUUACCCAGAUCGGAAAGCCUCCCCCCCUUUUUUUUUUCAAAUUGUACCACACAUGUCUUUAAUUGCAGUCAUUUUUACUUUUUUUAUGUCACAGAAUUAAGAUUUUAAAGCAUGGGCAUUUCUUGCCUUAUUAUAAAUUGUGGUUGUAAAUUGAUGUCAUCUCCAUCUUUUCUUUUAUCCAUUAUGUUUGAAACCAUUUGUGCAUAACUUAUGUUCUGUAAAUGAUAAACGUCGUCAACGCUUUUGAUCCCACUUCUUUGAAACUGAUUGUUUGUUUGAUUGCAUUUCAAAAUAAUUUUGUUGUUGAUGCAUAUCAUUUUGAGAGAGAGAAAAUGAAGCGGUCCGCUUCUUCCGGAGGGCCGUUGGUGGCGACCCCAGGGCGUUUCUGGGCGCUCGCCGAUGAGACCUCCGAUGAGGAGGCCGGUGGAUCCUUCUCGGUGGAGCUGCGGGAGGCUGAGCUGUCUAGGUCUCCGGCGAGCUUUGCCCGCGAUGCCCUCUGUGCUGGUUAUUCACCACGAUCUGCCGUGGACUUGGGAGGUCAGUACAUGAGGAGGAAGAAUCGGCAUCGUUGGCCGCUGGUGGCGCCGGCGGUUGGUCGGCCAAAACCUUAGCGAGGUCCGCUUCCACCUCCAAGGGUUUCUGCGCCGGUCACUUUGGCCGAUGUGGGUUGGACCUUGGUGGCUCGCCGUCACCGUCGGUCGGUGAAGGCUGUUGCUCUGGCGUCAGGUGUGCGCCCGCUGGCUGCUGCUGCCACGGGCGUGGCGUCUGCAUGUCAUCGCCGGCGGCCGGAGGAGCUCGUCUUCUCGGCGCCUGCUGCGCGAUUGCCGGCGACGGAAGCCGUUACUGUUUCAGCACGAUCUGCGGGUUUUGAAUUUUGUGGGCUUGGCCUGGAUCGUUCCAAGAUUCCUUGCGGGAGGUAGGCCCAUGAUGGGCUGGCCCAACAUGGUGUCCGCGUAUUUCCUCAUUGGCGGGGACUAGGUUUCCGCGUUCGUGCUCCUGCUGUUCGUUCGGUGAUGGACCAAUCUCGUGGUGGUGCGGGCGGUGGCAGCUGCUCCCGUCCAAGCUGCGCAGGCGGUUGUUGGCAGGGUGGUCGCUGCUAGUGGUCUUCCGGCUGCCAGCGCCGGCCUUGUCCAAGGUGGAGGCGGCUUGCCGCAACAUGGUGGUGUGGCUCCGAUCCAGGCUGUGGCCGGUGGUGUUGGCACCGGCACGGGCAUGGAGCCUGGGGACUUCCGUGGAGGCAACGAUCGUGGUUACCGCGGUGGCUAUGGAGGGUACGGUGGCGGUUACGGUGGUGGUUACAGUGGCGGCUUUGGCGGGUACGGAGGCGGCUAUGGAGGGAAUGGUGGUGGAUAUGGUGCGAACGGCAGUUAUCAAGGCGGCACUUUUGGUGGCGGAUACGGCGGCCGUUUUGACGGUGGGUAUGGCGGUGGAGGUGGUCGUGGUCGCGGCUAUCGUCAUGAGCCGCAGCGUGGUCGCUUCCACAACCGUGGCCGUGGUUGGGUCGCGGCCAUGGUAACCAGCGAGGCGCUCCAUCAACGACUGGCGGUGCAGGAGCUAGUGGUGCCGUUGUUGGCGACACGGCGUCCGGCGGCGUGGUUUCCGGUGGCACAGCCCAUGCUGGUGCUACCUCGCUGGUGGUUGGGGCUCAGGCUGCUGUCCUGGCCGGAGGUGGUCAGCAAAAUUUGGCGCAGUCCGUGGCAGCGGGCGCACCGGUGGCACAGGUGCCGGCUGCUACUGUUCCUUUGGCGGGGAUGGCGGCGGCGUCUAGUUCGGAGCAAGUUCUCGUGACUUCUCGCUCUGGGGCGGCCACGGCAAGGGCUACUGUGGCAGCUGCGGCGUCGUCGGACGGGGCAGUUUCCAAUCCUUCUAAUCCUUUAUCGAGGUACCGUUGUUUUCGGUGUGAUCAAAAGGGCCACCUUUCGACUAUGUGUACAGCUAUCUUGUGUGAUUUUUGUGAGAACGCUGAUCAUUGCUCUGCGGAUUGUGAGUUACCCAAGCUACCUAAGUUGUCAGUUCGUUCUUGUGGCACUUUGGUGGAUGAUUUGUUCUUUUUUGAACUUCCGGAGGAGGCUAGUGUUCCACCUCACCUAAGGUGGAAAGCAACAGGAAGGGGUUGGUUCGCGUUGAAGGUGGUGUUCUUCCGUUGGAACGGUUGAUUGGGGAGAUGGAGAGGUUGAUGCCGGUUCCUAAUUUUCAGUGGGUGGUGAGGUCACAGGACGUGUCAGAUUUUUCUGUGUUUUUUCCGACAAGUGGAGAGUUACAGAGAUCGAUCAAGGUUGGGGCAAUUCAGGUGCCCGGCACUUCGCUUCACAUUAGGGUGGAGGAAUGGACUUCGGCUUCGAUUGCUGCUUUUCAAUUUCAGAGAGCUUGGGUUCGCAUUGGCAAUAUUCCGGAUGAUUUGUUUAAUUACCGUGCUAUUUGGGGAUUGGGUUCUCUUCUUGGGACCACGAUUGAGGUUGAUAUGCCUUUUUCUCGCCAACAUGAAGUGGGUUGCAUUUGUGUGGACGUGACUAAUAAGAGAGCUAUUCCCCCGGGUACAGAUUUGGGACAUAAGGGUGUUGGCUACCGACUUACUUUCCAAGUGGAAUCUUCUGCUGAUUCUGACAUGGGCGAGGACAUUUCAAGUAAUGAUGAUGGCAAGGACUAUCAUGAUGAUAAUGAUAUGCUUGAUGAUAUGAAAGAUUUGGAUAAUAGGAAGGAUGAUGAUACUAGGAAGCGAUCUCGACCUACACAACCGUUUCAGCCUACAGAGGGGGUGACCGAACCUUCUUCGGCUCCGCCGGCUUUCAACGCCGGGGCGCCCACCGCCGGGUUGAUUUUCCAGACUGGUCGGGCCACGGGUACUGGUUAUUUGUCUCUAUUUAAGCUCUUGGGGACCCUUCCUUGUGGGGCUCGGAGACGCUGUUGUCGUUGCCGGCUUCAAUGGUGUUGCGAUCUCUGUCGACUAUUGCGGAGGUUGCUGCUGCUGCUACGCCUGGGCAGGAGGCCCAAGUGGUGUGUCCGCCGGCGGUGCGGUCCGCCGCGUCUCCGUCGGUGCAGGCGGCACCGGCGUCCUCGGUGCAGGUGGCAUCUGCAUCCUCUGUGCAGGUGGCGCCGGCGCCGGCGUUGCAGGUGGCGUCGUCUGCUGCGCUCGUGGCGACGGCGGCGUCUGCUGUGCAGGAAGCGGAGGCGCCCGCUGUGUGUGCUGCUGUGCAGGGACGGUCGGCAUCACCUCGUCGGUCCUUGGUUGGGCAGCUGGGCCUCCACCCGUGUGGCUCUAUGCAGGAGGCACCGGCUCCGAGGGAUGGCUUGCAGCAGCCUACUCAGUGCAUGGCGAAGGUGCCGGAGGCAACCAACUUGGCAGGCCUGGAGGUCUCUCCGCCGCGGUCUCCAUCGCCUUCGUCGGUGCUGCCGGCGUCGGCGGAUUUGAGGCCUUCGUUGACGCAAUCUCAGUGCUUCGAGCUGAAUUCUCCGGAGGAUUUUCCGCCGCUGCAGCGGCCUUCUUCGGUCGAGCAACGGGUGGGGCAGGAGGUGCCCACUCUGAAGGUUGCAGCUGGCGAGCAUGCGAGGAAACGCCGUGUGUACCCGGCGGCCUCUCGCUUCAGCGCCCGUCUCGCGGCCAAGGAUGAUGUUGACGUGGAUUCUCUCAACAAGGCCAUGCGACUGGCAAAGCUUCGUAAUUUGGAGAGUUCUACAGGUUAUUUUUCGAGCAACACACUAGUUCCGUACCUGGUCCCUACUGCUUCCGAUGGUGGCCAGGGAGUCUAUGGAAUUUGGGUGCAGCCGUAUGGAGAUGGUAGCACGGGAGUUUUACAGCCAAUUUGGGUGGCGCGCCUGGCUUAGACCUGAGGCUGACUGAUUUCUUGGUCUCUGUUUUAUUUUUGAGAUGUAACUUUGGAUGAUGAUUUUGUGUUGAACUUUAAUAAUAUGAUGGCCGUGUGCAUCGAUUGAUGCAGAAGCCGGGGGGUUUUCCCUCCUUUUCGAAAAAAA